AUGAGCUUUGGGUUCGGCGUUGGCGAUUUCAUCGCAGUGUUGACAUUGGCAAACAAGGUGCGGAAGCAGUUUGUUGAUGCCCCGCGCCAGCUGCAGGAUAUAUCUGAGGAUUUGAAGCGAUUGUCGAAUGUGCUCCGGGAUAUUGACGACAACGAUCCUGCCAAUAAUCUCGCACCCGGCCAGAAGGAGACCUUGAAAGACAUCUCUCUGCAAUGCCGCAAGGUGCUAGAUGAUUUAGACAACAAAGUUGGUAAACAUGAGAGUCUUCAGAAGGAUAAAUCAGGUCUUCGGAGCACAGCCCGCGGGCUUUGGAGCAGGAUUACCUUCGACAAGGCUGAGAUCGAUGACUUUCGGCGGCGGAUCGAUACAAAUACCAACGCGUUUAAUCUUUUCCUCACCAACGCUACUCAUCAGCUAGCUCGCGAAAUAAAGCACGGAGUCGACCAGCUUUUUCAGCAUCAGGACAACCAGCGGCGCCAGGAUAUCCUGAACUGGUUAUCACCAAUUACCCACGAUGUCAAACAAGCGGAUUUCUUCGGUCGUGUGCAACCAGGUACGGGAAGUUGGCUUCUAGAAUCAGACGAAUUCAAGCAAUGGACUUCCCAGGGCGGGGGAACUCCAGAGGACGAGCGCACUCUGUUUUGUCCCGGCCUCCCCGGCGCGGGAAAGACCUUUCUGACUUCUAUCGUGAUCAAUGAGCUACGGCAGAGUAUUCAUGAAGACGAUCAAGCUGCUAUUGCCUUCUUCUACUGCAAUUUCCGUGAACAGACAACUCGAGCUGAAAUUCUUAUGGUUCUUCUCCGACAGUUCGUCCAGCAACUCUCGGUCAUCCCAAAUGUUCUCGAGGAAGCUUAUGCAAAACAUCUUGAGCAUAGGUCGCCGCUCACGGUGGAUGAAAGCUUGGGCGUCUUAAGCUCGACGCUGGCCGCUUUUUCGAGAACUUUUGUCCUUUUGGAUGCAUUAGACGAGUGCCACCUACAAGGUGCAGAGCGGGGAGAGCUUCUCGCAGACUUGUUCAAGCUUCAAGAGACGCAAAACCUAGGACUGUUUGCCACUUCUCGGGAUAAUCCAGAUAUUUCAAGGUCUUUUUAUGGCAAAUUGAAUCUCCGCAUCCGCGCCACUGCAGCAGACGUUGAACGCUUCCUCAGAGGUCAAUUAGAGGGUCUUCCGAAGGUCGUACUGCAGAACGAGGAUCUACAACGAGACCUCGUCGCCGCAGUUACCGAUUCAAUAGAUGGAAUGUUUCUUCUGGCUCAAUUGCGUAUCGACUCCAUCCGGGGGAAACGGUCGGCGAAAAUGAUUCGAGAAAGCCUCAAGAAUCUCCCAAGCGGCCUAGAUGCAGCUUACGAUGAUGCCUGGGUCCGAAUUGAGAGUCAACUCCCAGAUGAAGUCCAAACAGCAAAAGAUGUGCUUUCCUGGGUCUCCUGCGCAACGCGUCCAUUGAGUACGCGAGAACUUCAACACGCACUUGCCAUUGAAGAUAACCUUAGUUUUCUAGAUGAAGACAAUAUUCCUGAUAUUGAGGAUGUGCUUGCCGUAUGCGUCGGGCUUGUCACCGUCGACGAACAAGAACACGUCGUUAGGUUGGUUCAUUAUACAGCCCAGGAAUAUUUUGAACAGCACCAAGCCAAAGUUUUCCCGAAUGGACAAAGUGAUAUUGGAAGCAAGUGCAUCCAGUAUUUGUGCUUCGAUGCAUUCAAGACCGGCGCUCUCUGGGAUUCCACGAAGUAUAUUUCACGCCUCGAAGAAUAUGCCUUGUUUGAGUACUCGGCCCAAAAUUUGCUAUACCAUGCUCUUCGAGAGGAAGUUAAGAUGGACCUCAUAUUUAAACUGCUCACAAACCCAUUGCUUGUCGGCGCGUGCUACCAGGUUAUACUAUACUGCGACGGAAGCCCCCGAUCCCGCUCCACGCGUUCCUUCUCAUAUCGGACAUAUUGGAACACAUGGGUACCUCGAAUCCACAAGGUAGUAAUCAACGACCUCGUACGGACCGGCAUAAGAUUAAUAAUCAUGUAUAAAACUGGCAAUCUUGACCCAGAAAUGGUAAAGCGGUACAUUUCAACAUAUUUCACAAUACUUGACAACAAUGGUAUUGAACGACGAGCACAGCUUAUUCAAGCACUGAAGACGGAGCUCUUUGAUCGAAUGUCUGACCCUGAUUUUCAACAAAUCAUAUCUCACUAG